AUGCCCACGCUCCGGGAACAGAUCGCGCUGAAACGCGCCGAGGCGCGCAACAACUCCCCCGCGAAGUCUAGGCCCGGCACGCCUGCGCGGGCUAGCACUCCCCUCCGCGCCAACAGCCCCUUCGGAGCGAGCUCGACUGGCUUCGGUGGAGGAUUCGGCGGUGGAGUCGGCGACGACGUCCUCGAGGACAAGAACGUGUCGGGGCAGAUCGCUAAGGCCCGCAGGACCGGUAAGCUCGACAUCGCGCUCCUCGAGCUUAAGGCGCUCCCGCACGAGCUGUUCACCGACCUCCUCGGUCUGCCGGAGGAUGAGCUCAGCAACCCUCCCCCCAAGCCGGCGAAGAAGGAUGACCGCGUCCGCGCCCCGGGGAUCGAGGACUCGUUCUCGCGACUCGGAUUUGGCGGUGACGAGUCUGACGAGGACUCGCGCUCCAUCGUGUUCAACCAGCCGCGGCCGCAGGGCAAGUGGGUCGAGCCCGAGGAGCUGACCUCGUUCAAGGCGAACGGGAAUAUGCUGAAGGAGAUCGACCUAGAGGUCGGUCUGUUUGGCGGCAUCAAGAGCCUGGACCUGCUCCCCGCGCUCGAGUCGAUCAACCUGUCCGACAAUGCCGUCUCCACCAUCGACCUGACACACCCCGUCAAGCCGUCCGAGGAGGGCCUGUCCUACGGCACAGGCUUCCUCGUUUCUUAUUUCGAGCGCCAGAGCAAGCAGCCGAAGCACGCCUUCCCCGCUCUCCGCGUUCUCAACCUCGCGAACAACUCGCUGACCUGCGCGGCCGUGCAGGGCUUGGGUGGAAAGGAGCCUUUGAAGAUCCGCGUGCUGACGCUGUCGAACAACCAUCUCGAGGGCGAGCUGGAUGCUACUGCCGUUGGUGCGGCCCGUAUGCCGGAGCUGCAGUCGCUCGUGCUCUCCGGAAACAAGGCGCUUGAUGCCGUUGAUGGCGAGCUCGCGCCGGGGUGCAAUGUCGACAUGGAGGGCUGCAAGCUGGGGGCUGUCGGUGCGGCCGCCCCUGGUGGCAGCUUAUCGGGCUCAACGUCCGAGCCACCGACCAAGCCUGCCGGGGACGCGUAUGUUCCCGCCGCGGGAGGACCGAGUGACGUGCCCGAGCCGGACUGCACCAUUCCGUUCGUGACCCACCCAGCGGCCACCUUCGAUGGAGAGCCCCUCCCUGUCACCAUGGACGUCUACCUCCCGCCGGCCGAGACGCCUGUGCCCGCGAAGGGCUUCCCGGUCAUCAUCUGGUGGCAUGGCGGCGGUCUGCUGCAGGGCAACAAGGAGAACCUCCCGCCGCAUCUGCGGCGCCUGCCGAGAAAGACGCUCGGCGAGGCCGGCGACCACUGCGUCCUCAUCUCGCCCAACUACCGCCUGUCGCCGCAGGCGCCCAUCCUCGAUGUGCUCGCCGAUGUCGACUCGGCGGUGAACUACACGAGGACGAAGCUGAAUGCCCGUCUCGAGGCGCUGGGCAAGGACGCGCGUGUUGACCCUUCACGCGUCGUGCUUUCAGGCGGUAGCGCUGGAGGCUACCUCGCGCUCAUGGCCGGUCUCCCCGUCGCUCCAAGGUCAAGCGACGCCGACGUUGGCGGCUACCGCGGCGCCGGUGCCUCGUCCUCGGCGGCCCCGUCAACGCCAUCACGCUACGGCGCCGGCGCCAGCACGAACGAUACCUGGGCGCCGCGCGGCAUCGGCGCCUUCUACCCGAUCACGGACCUGACGCACGAGUUCUGGGCGACCAAGACGGACCCGGUGCCGUGGUGGGGCUCGUCCGUGCCCGAGUCAGCAGCCGAGCCGCACCUGAACCCGCGCGACGCGCCCGUCGCCACCGCCGUGUCGGGCGGCCCCCGCUCCAUUCUCUACCCCUACAUGCUGCAGCAUGCGCUUUUCCCGCGCCUGCUGUUCCUGAACCAGCGCUCGCGCGGCCACGGGCUCGACGGCUACCGCCCGUCACCCGAGACGCUCUCUGUCACGAAGAGGCUGAAGGAUCUGGGCGCUGCGGGCGGCAAGCGACCACCCGUCUACGUCGUGUAUGGAAGUAUCGACGACAAGAUCCAGCCGCUCGAGGAGAGUGUGGAGAUCCUGAAGAGCACGGGAGAGACGGAGGUGCUCGUCAUUCCUGGCGCGGACCACGCGUACGACGAGGACCCGAACGAGCAGGCCGAGGGAUUCGUCGAGUGGCUCGAAAAGAUCAUCUAG